GACCGAAUAUUGGUCGCGCCGCAUCGAAUAACUAAUAUUCCAGGCCGAUUUUGUUAUAUACAUUAUGCAAAUGUAGAAUUGAAUGUUGUUGUGAUGAUUGAUUGAGCGAGGAAACGGAGCCGCAGUGGACGUAGCAAUAUUAAUCAUUUCUGUCGUUGUCGCCAAAUGAGAGCACGCCAUUUUGAAUGUGUCCUGUAAGAAAUUCAGUCGAUUAUACAAAUGGAACCACUGUGUUUGUAUUAGUCCGUUUUAAUAGCCGCAAAAGUGCAGUCAAAAAAAAAGUGUAGUCUAGAAAAAAUUUUUUCGAAAACAAACAAAAAGUCAAACGGCAACGCCAGUCGAUACGUUGUUGUCCAUUUGCCCGUGUUUCUUUACAGGUUUUAUUAUUUACUACCACUACAAUUAAACCCCCCAAAAAACAAAUCGUUAAAGUAGUGUGAGAGACAUAAGAGACAAAAAGGCAAAUAAUCGAAUCAUGGAGCAGCUGAACGUGCAGCUGCUAGCCAAAGCGAUGAACUUCCACGGGCAGCAGCUGCAGAAAAUGUGGGAGGCCGAGUACGGCGAACGCGAUCUCGCCAUGAGGAACAUCUCCGAUUUGAACUUUAACGUGUACGGCCAACGGCAGAAGAACCUACCGUUCCAGGACCGCGGCAAACGGCUGAAGCUGCACCAGUUCAUUGUGAAAAACGCGGCCCGGCUGUACUCGAUGCAGACGACGGCGCCGCGGUGCCCCAAACGGGAGGAGCAGCCCGGCGAGGACCUGUACGCGGUCAUGCCGCCGGUCGAGACGUUUAUCGGCGCCGACAGGUCCAAGAGGCUUCAAUACUUUACUGAUAAUGUGAAAGUUGGAGAUUUGAUUCUUGGAACGAUUGUGAGUAAGCAACAGUCUGGCAUGAUGCUGAAGGUGCUCUGCACCACUGGAGUGGGAGCCAAUGUCAGAUAUGCCGCCGACAUUAAUGUAAAGGCAUUUUGCCCGGUCGCCAGCAUAAUACCGGCCGUGGACAAAAAGGGCACGACGCGCAGCUACAUGAUGAACGAUUACGUGUGCUGCGAGGUGCUGGAAAUAGUCGCCGACACUGACAAAAUGCUCUGCGGCAUGAAGGGCGUCACCCGCAAGCCGAGCGACGUCGACCAGCCGCGACCGCCGCUCGGUCUCAUCACCACCGACGACUUUCCGCUCGCCUACAAGAAAGCGCUGGAGCACAAGAACGAAUCCUACGAUGCACUAUUAGAGAAGAGCGUCGGCUUCAACAAUCCGAAUAACAUUCAGUAUCUAGCCGAACAGAUGGACGUUAACAAUCACAAAUCUGUCAUGAAGGGGCUUAGUGGUAAGUUCCCCGAAAACGAGUACGCCGGCGAAUUGCGCCAGGUGCAGGCCAGCAAGUGGGCGUACCGCAACGUGGCCGACGGCAUUGACCAUUUCAAAGCGGGCAAGCACACCGAGGCGUUCCAAUGCCUGAACAAGGCCCUGAACAUCGAUCCGAAAAACGUCGAGGGUUUGGUGGCGCGAGGCGCCCUCUACGCGAACAGCGGCAACUUUCAGCGUGCCAUCGAAGACUUCGAAACGGCCCUGAAACUGAACCCCAACCACGCCAACGCCCGCAAAUACAUGGGCGAAACGUUGGUGGCCCUCGGUCGCAGUUACGAGGACGACAACAAGAUCGAGGAGGCGCGCAAAGCGUACCAGAGCUGUCUGACCAUAAUACCGUAUCACGAGGAGGCGCAGAGCUCGUUGGACUUUUUAAAAUCGAAGGCGCCGGCCGCUGCGUCCAGUAAAAACCUGAUCGAGCCCGGUGAGCUCAUGUUGCCCAAUUUGGGUGGGCAGAACAGCAAGUCGUCGACGGACGUGAACGAUGCCCUCAAGCAGCUGCUGAGGGAAGAGGAGGAGGGUAAAAAGGAGAGCAGUGGUAAGAAAAAGAAGGGCAAAAAGAGCAAGAAACGUAAGAACCGACACAGGUCGAGCUCAAGCUCCAGCUCUAGCUCGAGCGGCUCAGACAGUUCGAGUUCAAGCUCAAGUUCCAGCAGCGACAGUAGCUCCUCCUCCGGCGAUUCCGAUUUCAAGAAGAAAAAGAAACGACGUUCCAGGUCGCACAGACGGGAGAAACAGAGUUCGUUGAGUCCGUUGAGCAAACGGAUGGCGAUGAUGGACCAAUCACAGGACACCACGUCCAAUUUUAACUUUAACAAGCCGGCCGCCCCGGCUACAUUCGACUUUGAUUUGCAGCACGGCAUCGAGGCGAGUACCUCGAAGUCGGCACAGCCCGCCUACAUGGACGAGUACGAGAGCAAAGUGCGUGCCUUCCUGGAUAAUACCAAAGAUAAUCUAGAUUACGAAGACAAGGUGCGCAAGUUCUUGGAAGAGAGUAAUAAGUGGAAGCGCAAAGAGGGCGGCUCCGACAAGAAGAAGAAAAAGAAAAAGGAGAAGAAGGCCAAAAAGGAGAGCCGCAAGAAGCGCAAGAAGGACAAGCUAAAGAGAAAGUCGGGUGGAUUGGAUCUGAGCGAUUUUGACACCCACAAAAAAUUACGCGAUGCCAUAAAGAAAGAGUUGAGCAAGGAUAAACAUUCGAAGCGACAUCAGGCCGGUUCAGAUGACGAUGAGUAUCUGUUCCAAAAAACCGGAUACACCAAGAGGUUCUUUGAAAGCUUACCCGAUUUGGAGGAAUUAGAGUCGAAAUUGAACGCCUAUUACGCUUUAGAAAAAGAUAGCAAAAGAUUGAGCGCCAAUUUCAGGUCAGACAGCGAGAGCCCCCGACGCGGUGCAGCAGCAGACGACCUCCUGCAAUCCCCCUCCCCCACUAGGGAACAAAAGGCACGUCAAACGGUCGCAGACGCAGCCGCAAGCGCUGGAAAGUGGAAGAUGCACAUUGGACCCGGCACUUCAGGUAACACCCGAUUCAAGCGGAAGGCGCCCGAACGCAGUUCGGGUGUGCCGCCCCCUUCGUCUUCCGAUUGGCACGACGAACAAGAUAACAAAAGAGGAGGUAAAAACGGUUCGAUGGAUGAGUCGCCGAUUCACGGCAGGGGCGGCAUGAAGUCGCACCAGAUGCCGCCCACCGCCGCGGAGAAGGCGCAGAGCGUGCGCAAGCAGAUGGAGAAGACCAUGAAGGACGUGCCAGGCACCUCCAACAAGCAACGCGCUAUCGAGACGCCUCCAAUACCGAUGGGCAUACCGCCGGGUAUAGCCAAGAAGUUGGGCGUGAAGGGUCCCCUGUUGGCGCCGGUGGCGCCGCCCAAGCCGAUGAUUCCUUCAGGGCCGGUGGUCCUGGACAAGUUCGGCAACUUUAGGCUGAUGACGCCGCCCGAAAUGAAGAAGCACGAUCAACCGCCGCUGCCUCCGGGUCGCAGACCACCAGAACCGCCGGGUAGGCCAAGGUCUGACAGUAGGUCGCCGAAGCGUCGGUCUCGUAGUCGCUCGAAGAUGAGCCGUUCCAGAUCGACGUCGAUGUCAAGAUCUAGGUCGCGCAGUUAUCGCUCACGGUCGCGUUCGUACUAUUCCCGUUCGCGGUCUCGCAGUGGUUCUUACUACUCCAGGUCGAGGUCUAGGUCACGUAGCUACAGCGGAGACAGGCGUAGAUACAGACGGGGUGGGUUCAGAGGAAGGUACAACGACCGUGGCACAUAUUAUAAGCCCCGUUUCCAAAAUCCACGUCACAACAACAAUAUGAGGGGCAGAGGUGGUGGCGGUGGAGGCUACUACAAUAACAGGGACACCAGAGAAUACAGAGGCGGCAGAGGAGGUGGCAGGCCGUUCAAUAGACCGUACAAUCAGAGAAGACCUAGAGGUCGGUUUACCAGAGGCGGAGGCGGUGGCCAGGGCUACAGGGAUUACAGGGACAGACAGUCUCGCUACGACAGGAGUAGGUCGAGGGAGAGGAGCAGGUCGUAUAGCCGCAGUGACUCCGACGACCAAACACAGAACGUGAAGAAGAGUCACGUUGAAAAGGACGCGGACAAAGUAAACAAGUACGCAGACGAAGUCCAUGAGAACGUGAGGCACGAGGGCCCGUUGUCCGAAGGUGAAGACAGAGACGAUUAUACCGGUGAUAACAAGGUGAUUGAUCGGGAGGCGUUCGACGGUAAAUGGGCAGAUAAGGACGACAUUGCCCCGCCUGGUACAAGAGAAACCCCCAAGAAAGACAUUCCCGCCGACAGCAAAGAUGAUGCUGAAGCCAGUUGAACAGUGUUUUCCUAAUUUAGUUCGAUGUUUGUGUUUUUUAUUUGUAUUUACUAGAACAGUGUUUCAAUUAUUGUUUAUUGAAUAAAUAAAAUAAUCAGCACA